AUUAUAUUAAGUUUGCAGAUAGAAAAUUAAUAAUAGCAACUUACAGCCAUGACUUCUAAAGCUUCUAUUCUCCGAGCUAAAGAAAGAGCUCGAAGGCAGCUGAAGCGUAGACAUGCCUCUGAAAGGCCACAUAAGAUUAUUCAAAAAACGUAUUCUUCCUUAACGGAACAACAAAAAAACUUACUUAAGGAAAGAAUUGGCUGUGUCGGAAAAGACCUUUUCACCCUUAGCGUUAAAAAUAACGCUGAAAACCAUGAAAGUGAUGAUUCUGAUGAACAUGAAGACCUUCAUGACUAUUAUGUGGGCGGUUAUCAUGAAGUUAAAGUUGGAGAAUUUUAUAAUGAUCGUUAUAUUGUGCUGCAUAAGCUGGGCUGGGGCUACUUUUCCACUGUAUGGUUAUCCAUGGACUUGAAAAAUGGACAGCUGGUUGCUUUAAAAAUAGUCAAAAGCGAUAAAAGCUACACUGAACUUGCAAUGGAUGAAAUACAAAUACUGAAAACUAUCCGCUCUGAAGGUAUAAAGAACGAGAUUGGCCGAACCCGAAUUGUAAAUUUGUAUGAUGACUUCAUUAUUGAGGGGCCUAACGGAAAACAUGUGGUUCUCGUGUUCGAAGUUCUUGGUAAAAACUUGCUGAAACUUGUGAAAGAGUACAAUUACGAAGGACUCCCUCUUUCAAUGGUUAAGAAUAUCGCCAAGCAGCUCCUUUUGGGGCUCGAUCAUCUCCACCAGAAUUGCCGCCUCAUCCACACCGAUAUUAAACCCGAAAACGUUUUGCUGACUUGUGACCACAAGAGCAUAUUAAGAUUGUGCCGUCAAGCAUUAACUACUAUUCUCAGUGAACACGCUGAAGAACGUUCUGAACGUUCUGAACGUCCUCUUCUUCACGAGAUAAAUACAAAGGAGAGCAGCGUUAACGAGACGCCAUCUGUCGCUUCUUCUGUAGUGAGCUUAGAAGAAGAACUAAAAAGCAAAGAGAAUUUUACCAAUGACUGCACCUUUACCGUAAAACUGGCGGAUCUUGGGAAUGCUUGUUGGACUUAUAAGCACUUCACCAAUGAUAUACAAACUAGGCAGUACAGGAGCCCCGAAGUCAUUUUAGAAGCGGGUUAUGACACUAUAACGGAUAUGUGGAGUCUGGCCUGCAUGUUGUUUGAAUUAGCCACCGGCGACUAUUUGUUCCAACCGAAAAGGGGAAGGCAUUAUUCAAGAGAUGAAGACCAUCUCGCCAUGAUAGUCGAGCUUAUAGGCCCCAUCCCAAAAUCGCUUUACGACAAGGGAAAACUUAGCAAGAAGUUUUUAGAUAGCAAAGGCUGGUUUUUAUUAUAUACCUUAGUACGUAGUUGUUCUAAUCAAGUUUUAUAUAAAGGGAAGCCGAGGCAUAUUAAGGACCUAAAACCGUGGGACCUGUACAGCGUUCUAUUGGAAAAGUACGAUUUUAACCCGGAAGAGGCAGAAAUUUUUUCUUCCUUUUUGUUGCCUAUGCUCUCAAUUGACCCAGAAACAAGGAGCACCGCCGCGGAAAGUUUGAAGCAUCCUUUUUUGAGAGAUACUUGAUGUUAAGCAAAAUAUUGCAAAUAUAUUGGUUAA